CUCAAAUAUGUGAUGACUUGAAAGUAUGGUGUAAAUUUCUUUUGUCAUUUUUUCGGUCAUGAAAUUGUAAACAAGCUAAGCGACUUAUUUUUAUAAUGUAAAGUUAGUCGACUCAAUCGGUCGAGAUUGUGACUUUUGGAAUAUAUUUCUGCUAUACCCAACAAUACAAAUAAUUAAUAGCUAAAAAUUUUAACACGGUAUCAUGAGUGAAAGCGAACAUUUACACAUUGAAUAUGCUGAUGAAACUGAAUUACUAAGUGAAUUUAGACAUUUCAUGAAUGAUCCAGAUAUUAGAGAUAAGGCAGCUAUCUAUCUACUAGAGUCUUUGAUCGAUGAAACCAUAUUAGGCGUAGUUUUUGAAAUGCACCACGCUUACAAAACAGGUUCGAGUGUCGCGAUCGAAGGUCAGCCGGAAGAUUGUAAACCUUACACCAUAGUGGAUUUACCAGAUAUGGACGUUUUUGGAUCUUCUAAUAGUAAGAAAGCGAUUGAUUGUAACUGUCCUAAUUGUAACCGAAUUGUGGCUGCCUCUCGUUUUGCACCACAUCUAGAGAAAUGUAUGGGGAUGGGUCGAAAUUCAUCUCGCAUUGCAAGUCGACGGCUUGCUAAUACAAGAGAUGGUAGUAACUAUUUUGGAGCUGACGAGGAUGACGAAGAUGAUGCUGACUGGUCAGGAGAGAAACGUAAGAAAAAAAUAGCACCAAUUAGGACUAACGGAAGUAAGAAGAAUGGUAAAACGUCAUGAAAAUAAUUGACGGUUGUACGAAAGGUGAUAAACCCUUGGAAGUGUCGACUGAGAUCGAGAAAUGCGUUUGAGUGUCAGACGGGUAAAAAGCUGGAAUUGGUAAAAAAGGCAAUCGAAAAGAUAGAAAAUAACUGAUAUAAAUUCUUCUGCAUCUUUUCCAUCAAAGUUUUUUUUCUCGUCUUUAAACUCAUGAAAUAAACUAAACAAUAUCGAAUCGUUCAAUGUAACGUUAUGAACGUAUUGUUCGUAUAUCGUAUAUUUUAAUCGGAUUUAGAAAAAAAAACACUACACUACAAGCAUCCUGAAAAACUUCUUUAAAAGCUCAAAGGUUGCAGACUGAUAGGAAUGCAAACUUUUACUAUAUUAUAUAAUACAAUUAUCUAGGGAAUCUACAAAAUGACGCAUAAUCCAACUGUAAAAACAAUUAUUAGA